AUGAAGCUUAAAAUUAUUAUAUUUCUGUUAUUUUAUAUAAGUAUUGAAAGCUUCUGCGAAAGUGAUAAAAUUGACCUGUAUAUUGGUGGAUUUUUCCCAAUCGAUAAUGUCGGUUGGAAUGGUAGUGGCUUAGUACCAGCGUCUCAAAUGGCAAUCGAUGAUAUUAACUCUAGAGAUGAUAUAUUACCUAACUAUAGGCUUAAUUUAAUUGUUGGAAACACCAAGGCAUCGGCUACUUUAGGUGUUAAAGUCUUAUUCGAUUUUAUCCACCUGCCGCCAAAGAAAAUAAUGCUUCUAGGCUCUGGUUUUUCUCGUGUUACGUCUGCAAUAGCUGGAGUAGCGAAAUAUUAUAACUUAAUUCAGACAACAUUCUCUUCCGAGAGUGCUCUGCUGUCCGAUAAAAGUGAAUAUCCAUUCUUGUUCCGAACAUGCUUUUCCGUUAAUGCUUGGAACAUACCUCAGGUAGCAUUAGUUAAGCAUUUUAAUUGGACACGGGUAGCUACACUGACCAGAAGAAGCGAUCUAUACGAUGCAAGUACGGAGAGAUUAUUAAGUGAACUCUAUCGAGCAAAAGUUGAAGUAGUCGCUAAAGAAGGAUUUAUCUCAGGCACUAAUUCCAGCCGCCAGAUUAGAAACUUAAAGAAAAAUGACGCUCGGAUAAUUAUAGCGCAUUUACAAGAAGAAGAUGCCAUUGAAGUAUUUUGUCAGGCUUAUAAAUAUCAAAUGUACGGACCGAACUAUGCUUGGAUUGUACCCGGGUUUCUUUCUAGAACAUUUUGGAGCAAAGCAACAAAGCUCGAACAUGUCGAUUGCACUCCAGAGGAAAUUGCGAUAUCUGCAAAUUAUUCCUUAUCGAUAAGUUUCGCUACGAUGAAUGUAGUUACAAGUGAAACUAUAUCUGGAAUGAAUAUAGUCCAAUUUGAUACAUUUGGCGAUGUUCAUCCACAUGUUACAUAUCUAGUUCAACAUCAAGGUAAAGUCAAAAGAACAGUUGCUACUAUUUUGCCUAAAGAGAAACGCGUCGAUUUCUUUACUACACCUCCGAAUGUUAUAAGAUGGGCAGGUGCUGGACCCCCAGUAGAUCAUAUUAAAUUAAAACAAGUUGAUACAAGGCUUCCACUACAUGUUUUUAUCAUUAUGGCCGCUCUAUCAUGUUUAGCCAUAAUUUUGACUAUAGUUUUUAUGAUUUACAACAAUAAAUACAGAAACGCCAGUUCAAACAUUAUAAGUGGAACCAUUAGUAUUAUAUCAUCCGCAACUUUAUGUAUGUUAGGACCAUGGUUAACAACAAUAGGAUUUGCCACAGUAUCUGGUUCUAUGUUUGCUAAGACCUAUCGAGCUUAUAAAAUUUUGACAACCAAAAAGAGAAUUAAUACUUCUCCAAACAACAGCUUUAUAAUUUUAGUUCCAAGACUACUAGAAUGUUCGUGCAAGAACAAUAUCAUAUGGCUGGCAACAAUUUUAACUUUAAAUGCAUUCGUGUUAAUUUUUGGCGCAUUUCUAGCUUAUGAAGCAAGAAAUAUUAAAUUAUCUGUUAUGAAUGAAUCGAAACAAAUUGCUCUUUGUAUUUAUAAUGUUGCACUUUUAUGUAUUAUUGUCAUUCCAAUCUCAUUUUUCUUACCAAAUACAUCUGGAGAAACAUAUAUUGCAUCGAGUGGAUUAAUACUCUAUUGUACAACAACGACAACAUGUAUUUUCUUCAUCCCAAAGAUUAAGUAUAAACAUGAUGUCGUUUAUCCUAAUCGGCGAUUGUGCUCUGUUGGAGGAGACAAAAGCACAAAUACAAAGAUCGAAUCGUGA